AUGGAGGUUGAGAUAAUAUCACGAAAGUGCAUCAAACCCUUUUCUCCAACACCGCAUCACCUUAGAACCUACAAGAUCUCUCUGAUCGAUCAAUUUGGUACUCCAACAUUUGUUUCUGCCCUCCUUUUCUAUCCACCAAGCCAAGCUACCUCCAUCUCCAUGUCCAAGAGAUCACAAGUGCUAAAACAAUCUCUAUCAAGCACUCUAACUCUUUAUUAUCCACUCGCUGGAAGGUUCAUCGACAAUCUUUCAAUUGAUUGUAACGACGAGGGACUUCGUUAUAUGGUGGCUAGAGCUACUUGUGAUUUGACCGAUUAUCUCAAGCAACCUGAUAUCUCGAAACUUCCUAAGUUCGUGCCAGAAGGUAUCCUUUGUAGUGAAACAACUCCACGUGGUAAUGUUUUUAUGAUACAAGAAACUGCGUUUGCUUGUGGUGGCUUUGCUAUAGGACUAGUUGUUCCACACCAUGUAUUUGAUGCAACUUCUUUGAUAGUAUUCCUAAAAACUUGGGCUAUAAUGGCUCAAGAAGGGGUAGCGAUACCUCUCGAUUUCAGCUGCUCAUAUUUGUUUCCUCAAAACGCAGCGUUUCCACAAGAUCCGAUGAGCUCGAUCCUAGCAAGUCAGGUAUUUGGUAGAGAUGGUAACUUUGUUUGCAGGAGGUAUGUGUUUGAAGGAUUCACCGUGAGCAAUCUUAAAUCCAAAGCAAAAAGCUCUAGAAUUCAUAACCCAACACGAGUAGAGGUUGUGCUUGGACUCCUCUUUAGAUGUGUCAAGUCUGCAUUUAAGGCGAAAUAUGGUGCCCAGAAGUCAAUUUUGAUGUCUACUUCGGUGAACUUGCGACCAAGGGCUAUGCCACCAUUCCUAGAAACAAGUGUGGGAAAUUUAGUUUUGGUAGCAUCUAUUGUAAUUGGUGAGGAAACAAAUUUGUGCAGUUUCAUAGGCGGGGUGAAGGAAAGCGUAUCCAGAUUCAAUGGUGAUUUUUUGAAGAGCCUUCAAGGUGCUCAAGGAUUGCAGCAUUUUUUGGAGUUUGCGACAGAGACUUGUAAAUCAUAUUCGAAGGCUUUGUCCGAUGGAGCCGAAUUCAUUGUGUUUAAUAGCUGGUGUAACUCGGGCAUUUAUAGUGUUGAUUUUGGUUGGGGGAAGCCGAUAUGGUUUCCAAGUACUGCUCCCGCUCUUCCGAUUCGUGGAUCUGUGAUUCAGCUCUUGGAUACUAGAAUGAGUAAUGGAAUAGAAGCGUGGGUGACACUAGAAGAAGAAAUCAUGUCUGUGGUGGAGCAUGAUGAGGAACUCCUUUCAUUGGCCUAA